AUGAGCAAUCAGGUACAUAACGCAUCAUGUGUUUUCCGGGGUUGGUACCAGGUGACGCGGGCGUCCCGGCAGGAGAAACAGACGGUGCUACAGUUCCAGGUCCAGUCCUACACUCUGCUGGUACAGAGACUGUUCCACCAAUGGCUGGCCUGCUACCAGCGUCGCCGACAGGUGCAACAGGAGCGUGUGUGGCGGGCCGAGAGGUCGGCCCUAGAACUUGCCGCUGUGUGGAGGAGGAAGGCACAGACCUCCCGGGGUGCAAGGGUCAAGGUCAUGUUUCAGCAUCGCAAGAUGGCGCUGUACUUCAACAACUGGCAAAAAUCUCUGGACAGUGUCCAGUCUCUAUAUGACACGCUGGAAGUCUGGAACCGUCAGAGGAAUGCGCGCGUUAUGACACGCUCACUGAAGGUGUGGAGGACACAGCUGGUGGCUGAUCAGGCCAAGAGAGACUACACGCAGCGUUAUUUGUACACAGUGUGGUCUGAGUGGAGGGUCUGUGCUAAAGUGAACAAAGAGCGCAGGAUUCGGGGUCUGGCCCUGAAGAAAGCUCUACAAGAACGCAGUCUCCACGUGUACUUCCAGUACUGGUCGGCUCUCACACUGGUCAAGCGGUCAGUGCAGCACAAUGUGGAGACCAGGAUACAGAUCAGAGUUCUCCGAGAGUGGCACAUGUACACACGCAACACGCGCUACCUGCGUCAGCUGCAAGCACACAUGACGAAGAAGGUGAACACGCGUGUACUACACAGCGCCUUCUCCAACAUGCGCUGGAAGGCGGAGUACUGUGUGGGGCUGGCGGAGAUGGCAGACAAGAUGGCGGGAGACCGACGGAGGGCGACCAUGCAGGCCGUCAUGGUGGUGUGGAGGGAUAGGCUGGACAAUAUCAUGGCUGCCAGAUGCUACGGCCAGCUGUUGGUUGUUCGUGUGGCCCGUCAGUGGCGACGGUUUGUCCAGGCCAAGAAACGACAACGACAGAAAGAACAAGAGCAGUGGGACGCGGCUGUCAGCUGCCAUAGCAAGACGCUUCGUAUGAAAGUGAUGGCAGCCCUGAAGACAGAGGUCUGCGUGGCCCGAAUGGCUCAGAAGAGACGACAGAGGCUGUGUGACAAGUACGCCGUUGUGUGGAAGACGAGGGUGGACCGGGAGAUUACAGCACAGUGUCUGGAACGAGAAUUUCUGUACAGACAGGCGUGGUCGCGGUGGAGAGUGGAGUUUUCCAGGAGAAAAGCCGCAGACAAAAUAUGUGGUCAGGAUGACAGACAUUCUAUGUCUCAGACCUUCAAGGCAUGGCGCAGGCUGACUCGACCUCAGCAGAGAACGCCACGGGGUCUUACAGAGCACAGAGGAUCGUUAUCGUCUCUGCUUCCUGUGCCAAUCUCCCAGUCUCGACAUUCGCCUUCCUCUGCAUCCUCAUCGUCAUCAGGCUCCUAUUCAGCAGCAGAGCAAAGUUUUGGCUACAGAGGAGGGAAAAGAUAACAGCGAAAGUAGAGUCUAAUAUUCCCCUCUCCCCGUCCCCACCCUCCAUCUUCACACCAAAUGGCGAUCACAGCUGACUGGGGAGAUCUGUUAAUUCUGCUGGUAUCAUACUGAACUACGGAGCAGUUGGCCCUGAUUUGAAUCCGAGACUGGGCGUUCUUGAACUUGGGUAGUUUUGUGGAGUGUUCAAGGCUCUCAACCCAUUUGGCUCAGUCCUGUUGGAGACGGACAUUAAAUCUGGAGGUCCCGCCUCCCAAAUAAUCUGUUGAUAGUGGCGGUAAACCCUUACACUUUUACAGUGCGUUGUUUCCUCAGACCUGAGAGAUAUAACUGUCACUCCACUGUAACCUCCACGUUGACCCUGAAUAUUGCACACAGGUCAAACUGUAGCCUACAAAAUGAGGGGCCUAGCUUUACUUUUACCAAGUUGAAAACAUGUUGGGGAUGUUGUAUUAGGGCUGAAUGUUAUUGUUAUUGGUUCGGACAGACUACUUAGUGCCUACCAUGUCCUUGCACUGUCUCAUAGAGAGCCUCAUUUAUUUAUUGCUGGCCUUAUAAGUAGCCUAUUUCAUCAGGGUCAUAACACAAUACCUUAGGUCAUAUUUUUGUAGUUUCAAGAAAAUAACAACCCCACUGCCUCCCAAUCCCCACCCAAAGAAAACGAAAUACUGCUUACCUAAAUCAACCUUAUGAAUAUGAUGACUUGAGCAAAAUGAAAAUGUCUCCCAAAUUGGGCUUAUUUAAUACCCGAAACAAAAUACAGGUAGGCCUACAUCAAAGAUACAAAACAAAGUGACUGCCACCAUAUCAAAAACGAGAAAACUAAAAUAAAGGUGACUUUGGCAACUGUGUUAUGUUCAUGACAAGUUGUUCUGAGCAGUGUGAACUGUCUCAUUGGCCAUUAGAUGAAAGAAAAAUAUGUUCUCAUUGAGUAUUGUACUAGAUAUGUUAACUUGCCUGUCUGAAACCUUUGUUGCUAUGUCCUGUGUAAAUCUCAACGAGAGAGAAAUGUUGGGCCUUAAAUAAUAUACCAUUUUCCCUACUUUACAUUGUGUAUAUAUAUAUACGUUGGUGUACUGGUACACAAAAAAGACGUGUACUUUUUGUAUCACCAGUAAUAUGUGCCAAAAGUACUUUACAAUUGUCUCAGCUUGUACUUGUAGAAAGAUUUUGAGGCGUUUAUAAGCAUAUCUGUGAUAUCUGCCUCGUAAAUAACCUUACAGUGUUGAAUAAGGCUCUACACCCGUACCUUACCUAUCUGUGAUAUAACUACUGUAUAUUUAUUACCUUAUUUGUAACUACCGUCAUCAUUUCAAGUACUUCCACACUUUAUAUUAAUAAUGUAUAAUUUGCCAAAAAGUAUAAUUGGACACAUCAGUCUAUAGGUUUAUGCAUACGUAGGGCUAUCCUGCAUAUUGCCAUUGUUCCAAUUUUAGUGUCAGAAUCAUCAUUUGGAUCAUCAUUAUUUGGUCAUUCCUUAUGAUCGGUCGACGAAAUUCUGUGCUACUAUCUGUAUUAAUGGUACAUGUCUAUAUUGAUGGCUGGAUGUAAAACUCCAAAGCAUGCCAUUUGACUAUUUGGCGUUUGUUAGGGUCUUGCAUCCAGUCACCAAUAUUAUGAUGAAAGGUAGUGAAUCAAAUCUUGUCCAAGGGAAGGGGGCGGCAGAAUUAUCAUUUUGAUACCAAGAUAUGAACAUUGCAAACUGUAGGAUAGCAUUUCUGUGCUUCUAAGUAUCUGAGUAAAUGUGUGUGGCUCUGAGAAAACCCUUCACAAGGUGCAAAUUUUCAAAAUUGACUUUUUUGCAUGUUUGAAAGACACAUCUCUCCCGAGCAUUUUGCACAUAAUUGGAGUGUAAUUGGAGCAUUCUGUGAAAAGUUAUGGCAUUUUAAAAUGCGCAGGGGUCCGAAGGUGAAGAUUUGAGAAAACGGGGUUGAAUGUUUUGUUUACUUUGGGAACAAAUUACAAUUAAAAUACUUCGCAGAGCAGAAUGAAGAACAUAAAUUCAUUAAGAAACAGUUCGUACUUGGUUUAAAUGGUAAGAAAUUGAACAGAAGAAUUUUAAACGGCACUAAUAAAAAAUACCUUUUCAGAAGUGAAACUAGAAGAUGAGCAAAUUUUGUAACUCCUAUUUGUGAUGUUUAAAUAUUUAUGUGCUCUGGGUUUUCUGAAAUGAAACCACAACAAUAAUAUUCUCUUUCUUUUGGUAUUUAAUAAUUGGAGGUUCCCAUGGAAAGAAAGUGUUCAUCCGAUUGAGUAAUGAUUCCCUCUGUUUGUCUAGGAAUUCAGCAUAAUUCGGUGAAGAUAUGUCUCAAAAGUUCUUUAAAAUUAUUUAGAAUAAUUUUUGAGCAAAUUUCUUGAAACAUGUAUAGCAAAAAUGGUUCAAAAUAAAAUUCUGCACCAUCUGAUGGGUUUUCUCUGAAACGUGUACAAAAAAUGAGUGAAUCAUAGUUGUCAGUAGGAUAUAGCAUGUCUUUUGGAUUGUAAGCUUUAUAAAUUAUUAUACUUGGUGAACGCUGCAGAAAGUUUCUGUGUCAAAUCCCGUUUGAUAUGUUUUGAUACACUGAGAGGUGGCCUUGCACGCUAUAUCAAACUGACCUCUGCUUUUCUUUAUCAAAUUUAAUCUGAAGCGAAAGUGAAUUUGUGUUGCAUUCCGCUCAUGGCACUUGAACAAAAGAUCUGACUCUGCAAAUUGUGAACAAGAAAAUCAUACGAGUUUGAUUUUAGGAAGAUUUCAUCAAAUGCUGUCGAAAUGGUAGCUUUCGCCUCUUCAUGAAAGAAAAUCGGGCCUAUGUCACAUUCAGUGGACAUUUGAUGAAACUUUCUGCAAUGUGCACUGAGUACAGAGAGCAGAGAGAUGAGUGCCUUACGAUAUAAAAGGAUAGCAAAAAAAGCAAUCAAGCCCCUGGCACUGCUUUUCAUAGUGUUCUCUAUGUGUGUCAACAAGGCGCGGUGUGGAAUGGAAAUGGAACAUUAACGGGGCUCACUUGCUCUACAGCUUCCAGCGUUCUCUAUGCCUUCAGCAUUGUGUUAUACCUGUUUGUACUCAGUCAUAGUGGCUGCUCCCGUACCAAGACCCCAAGGAAAAAAAACAAUCAGUCACAAUCUUAAAAUGAUUGAGUUAUUGCCUUUUUGCAUGUGCAGAACUUCCAAAGUUUACCCUGAAAUCUGUCAAACUCUACCGGGUUGAGUCCUGAGUAAGAGAGAAUUUUUAACACUUUGCCAUCAUAUUUUGAGGAAAGUCCAAAGAAACUGGAUGGUAAACAUCGCCAAUCGACGAGAUGAGGCGGCAAAGAGUUAAAGGAGCAUACAACAAUAAUACAUACAAGAUAAAAGCAGACCUUCAGUGUGCGUUGACUGUAGAAUUGAUUUUCUCUAACCUGACCAGAAAAAUUAUAGUUUCGAGAAAAUCGAAUUCUGAAGUUUCUGCACACAAUAGUUCUACUUUGGUCAUUUUUUUCUUCUUCUGUUUUCUCUAUUUAAAAAACUCCAACAGUUUCUUACUCAUGGCAGAGCCCAUUACUUGUUGAGUUAAGUUUUCUAGAGGAAACUAUGAUGGGUUGUGCACAUGAUAAUAAGCAACAGUUUUAGAGUUUCAAGUUUGAGACUUAAAUUUGAGCCUUUAUCCAUUGCGGUUGACAUAAUAAUGUUUCUACAACGAAAAAAAUAUGGUAGCUAACUUAGUUUGGUGCAAAGACGAGUUUGUCAUUUGUUACGUUGGUAAUUUAGAAUUCCAUGUACAGAUCUGUUAUUUUAAAAAAGAUUUUAAUGAAGAACAUUCUGGUUACAUUUUUUCAAAGUUCAUCCUGUUAAGUGAAUGUUUAUUUCUGUAUUUGGACUAUACACGUACCAUAAUUUGAUGUCACAGUCAUAACAUAACUGUCAAUAAACGAUCACAGUGCUUACAGAAGUCGAUAUUAUCUUAUCACUACAAUAAAAGGGAAAAUGUCCCAGAUGUUGGAUUUUUAGUACUGGUAGAAAGUGGAAAGCAUUGUUCUGUUGAGGAAAUGAGACAAGUGACAGUUACAGUUACAGGCAUGUUUAUCACAUCAAUUGGGCAAUAUGCUUAGUUUUAGUUUUGGUAAGAGUUUUACGGCACUUGAAACACAAUAAGGUCAUAUAAGUGCCAAAGAAUAGAUAUUUGUGUUACAAGAAAGUAACUUACACAAAAAAAGUAAAAGGAGGAGAGAUAAGGACGAUAGAUGUAUGAUAGUAUUGGUAGGAAAGAAGGAGCAAAACCACAUCAGAGCACCCGCCAACCACCACAAGCAAUAAGUAAAAGCCAGAGAAAAAAUGACAGAAGCAUCUAGGCAUCUAUGUUAUGACUGUGAUGAUGAUAUUAGGUUGUGACUGUGUUGUACAGGUACUGUUAUUGUAUAGCUGGGGGACUUAGGACGCCCGUAUAUUUGUUUGUUUUGAAAUUGAGUAAACUUUGGUAUAUAUUUGUGUA